UCUAACUGGAUUGGGGGAAGGCAGGAAAAAUCCCAAUCCUCUCCCACAGAGCCUCAGCCAGUGAUCUGCUUCCCGGAUGAGAAAGGCGGCCCUGAAGCCCAAAGCAAAGCCAGCCCCGAGGCUACAGUCCCUCCAGCCUCCUCGCAGCUUCCCAGCAGCCCAGACCCCCUGGGCUUCCAGACUGGAGGUGCUCCCGAGGGAAACUCAGGCAUUUGCUGGUCCUAGUCACGGCCAGCAUGGAGUCCGGCCCUUCCACAGGGGUCACUGCAGAGCCUGACUAUGACUUUGGAGAGAUCCACAACUGGACUGAGCUGCUCUCCUUCUUCAACCACACUCUUUUGGAGUGCCACAUUGAGCUCAGCGAGAGCACCAAGCGAGUGGUCCUCUUUGUCCUCUACUUGGCCAUCUUCGUGGUUGGGCUGGUGGAGAACCUCCUGGUGAUCUGCAUCAACUGGCGCUACGCCGGCCGGGCAGGGCUGCUGAGCCUCUACAUCCUCAACAUGGCCAUAGCGGACCUGGGCGUCAUCCUAUCUCUGCCCGUGUGGAUGCUGGAGGUCACGCUGGACUACACCUGGCUCUGGGGCAGCUUCUCCUGCCGCUUUGCCCACUACUUCUACUUUGCCAACAUGUACAGCAGCAUCUUCUUCCUGGUGUGCCUCAGCAUUGACCGCUACGUCACCCUUACCAAUGCCUCUCCCUCCCAGCAGCGCCAGCAGCACCGAGUGCGGCGGGCGGUGUGUGCAGGUGUCUGGGUGCUCUCAGCCAUCAUUCCACUGCCCGAGGUGGCCCACAUCCAGCUUGUGGAGAGCUCUGAGCCCAUGUGCCUCUUCAUGGCACCUUUUGAGACCUUCAGCACGUGGGCCCUGGUGGUGACUCUGUCCACCACCGUCCUGGGCUUCUUGCUGCCUUUUGCUCUCAUCGCGGUCUUCAACGUGCUGACGGCCUGCAGGCUCCGGCGGGCAGCCCGGCCUGAGGGCCGGCGCCACUCUCUGCUGAUGUGUGCCUACGUCACCGUCUUUGCCGUCUGUUGGCUUCCCUACCACGCGACCCUGCUGCUGCUCACACUGCACGGGAUCCACAUCUCCCUCCACUGCUACCUGGCUCACCUGCUCUACUUCUUUUAUGACGUCAUCGACUGCUUCUCCAUGCUCCACUGCGUCAUCAACCCCAUCCUUUACAACUUUCUCAGCCCGAGCUUCAGGGGCCGGCUGCUGAGUGCUGUGGUCCAUUACCUUCCCAAGGUCCAGAGCGGGGCAGGCCGACGCGCUUCCUCCUCCUCCUCCUCCACGCAGCACUCCAUCGUCAUCACCAAGGAGGGCACCCAGCCCACCACAGCCGGCCCCCACCACCAUCCUAGCCUGGACUUCCAGCCACCGAAUACUUCACCCAUCUCCACCCCUCAGUCUCUUACAGCCAGCUGAGGUGGAGCUCAGUCUCCUCCCUCUGUGAAGCGGAAAGCUGGAAUUAUAGGUGAGAGGUUUUGGGGGAGCAGGAGAAAGGGUCAAAGCAUCAUGCAGGGUCAGUUUUGACUUUAUCUUAUAUCUUCAGGUGGGGAGGGGGGAGGGAGAAGGAUGGGGGAGAUAAAGAACAGGUCCUUGGUGUCGU